GAAGUUGAUCACAGGGGGGCAGGCAGGCAGCUGCUCGGUGACAGCCCGAAGUAAACCGCUUUCCGUUAGUCUGGGUCCGGGGGAACCGACGGAGUAGCUGUUACCGUUUAACGGGAGGUAGCUACGCGUUUCCAUCCUGUGACGUCAUCAGCGUCAACUGCUGCUGUCGAACUUUAAGCAGAAGAAGUAAACGGCUCGUUAGCCGAGAUGCUAGGUGGCUAGCGAGCAGCAGCUCGGUAACCUCCGUGUUUACGGCCGAGUGGCUCGUCGCUCCAGUCCGUCACGUUUACUGGCGACACGUUAUUGAGAUGGGCGACGUGGACCCAACGACAUCCCGUGCGUAUCAGUCCGAGGGCUUCAGUCCGCCGUACAGGAGGAGGAGGACGGUGGAGGACUUCAACAAGUUCUGCACGUUCGUGUUGGCUUAUGCCGGCUACAUCCCGUACCCUCCAGAGGACUCUCUACUGCGCAGUAGUUCCAGUCCUCCAAACAGCACAGGCAGCACAGCUGACAGUGAUGGCUGGACCCCGGGACCGCCAACAUCCUGCCCCCAGCGCCCCCUCAAGGUCCCCCAGGACAGGAGCAGGAAACGCCCACAGCCAGGAUCCACAACGUCCAGUCACACCAAGAAGGAUCACUCGACCCCCACCCUGCACCCAGACGACCGCAGGAAAGCUGACAAGCUGAAGAAGAAGAAGAGGAGACAGGAAAGGGAGCAUGCUGCUGGUGAAGGUGGGCUUCAGCAGGCCCACUCCACAGGCCCAGAGCUGCAGUACCCCGUCUCCUUUGGUGGCCGGAUGAUCAAAGAAGAGCCUGAAGAUCAUAUCAGCAUUCCUCUCCACCCCCAGAAUCUGCCUAGCCCGGCACCCUGCAAGGAGGAGCCUGAGGAUGAGCAUCGGACCUGGGAGGGCCGAGACCUCGAAGGAGCGGCACAGGUACAGAAGGUGGAGGGCCAUCCAGGGAACCGAACGGUGUUCCGCCAGGGGAAGCAGGUGGUGUUCAGAGACGAAGACGGAUCGGGAGAGGAUGAGGACAUCAUGGUGGACUCUGACGACGACUCGUGGGACCUGGUGACGUGUUUCUGCAUGAAGCCGUUCGCCGGCCGGGCCAUGAUCGAGUGCAACAAGUGCAACACCUGGAUCCACCUGUCGUGUGCUAAGAUCCGCAAGAGCCACGUGCCCGAGUCCUACGUGUGCCAGAGCUGCAGAGAGUCGCACGGAACCCUCGAUGCCCGCCGGUCUCAUCGCUCACGCGUGGGCCCGCGUAAGCAUCUGCUAGACUGACCCCUGAACUCUGACCCCUGCACCUGCUAGACUGACCUUUCCUCAAAUUCAGGUCUUGCACUUUGGUGGACCUAUCCCGAGCCCUGUCGAUGACCUCCGGGUGUCCCUGCUCCCCAGACUCUGCGUAAGGCAAUCACAUGGAACCUCUCCUGUCUCAACACUGGAAACAUUUGAACUGCCAUAAAGAGACAAUACCCACGAUGGUGCAUGCUGGGACAGGUUGCACUUUCCUCACUAAUUAUUAUUAUUAUUAUUAUUAUUAUUAUUUUAAAAAGAACCGUUCUAUCAUAGGGACAGGUCUGUCUUUGAAUAAACUGUCUUUGUCUCCGUGCUUCUUGCAACAUGACUAACUGUUAAGGGUGCUUCAGGUGGUGCUUCAGGUGGUGCUUCAGGUGCUUCAGGUGUGCUAAGUGUUGAAGGAGGCCUCCUCCAGUAGAACAAAGGUGGAGCAUUAAAGACGUGUGUUUGUGAGGCUUGAAGCUCUUGUCCCUCUUACUGCCUCGGCCACACAACCUUUCCAACUAUUCACUUUUCUAACGGUGUUCGUAUGUCAACAACAACAAGUUGUUUAUUCACAGAAAAGAAACAACACAGAUGACCGUUUUCAGUCUUUUGCCUUUUGUUUGUUGACAUGAUUGAACUGUUUUCAUACACACUCAUUUUCCAAAUGUGGUUUUCAUGCUCACGACUGUUUUCAGAGUAUUUUCAUAAAGAGCUCGACGGCGUCUCAAGUAUCAACGAAGAAAACCCAAAUCUACUGAGAGGUGUUGGGAUCCUCAAGUCUGCUCAGUGUGAGUGUAGCGUUGUGUGAGUGUAGCGGUGUGUGUGUAGCGUUGUGUGUGUGUG